UCGAACUGUGACCUCCUGGUUCAUAGGUCAACGCUCAACCACUGAGCCACGCCAACGGGGCUAUUUUUACCCCAAUCUUUACAAGUUUUACGUGUGUCUGUGGUGCAGGACGUGUUUGCACAGUAGCACAGCAUAUAAUUCAUAAGCGGAUGCAUAGAUCUAUUUCGUGAGCGCACACUGACAUCCUGCCUGUACUGAAGAAACGCUGGGGGAGCACUGGCCGGAGGGUGGAACGGAACCCCUUAGCCAGCCUUCACUCGCUGGCCUCUUGUCUCUCCGGCUUCAUCUACUAUUCCUCCCUCUCCUCCUCCCCUGGUGCGUCCCCCGUGUCCCCUGUGACAUCACUGCCCUGCUGCCACUUACCUUCCUGUUGCUGGAACGUUGGCUUUUAGGCCCCUGGCAGGGCCUUCGGUCUGAGGAGCACCCUUCCUGCAGCCCAGCUCCUCUUUGAAGCUUCCCUGGUGCUGACAGCUCCCAGCGUGCCCGGCCGGCGCCGUUACUUGCCUAAGUCACUCUGUGAUGGUGACUGUUUAACUUAGUGCAUUGGUCUGGACUACCCACCCCUUGAGGGCCAGGCCCACGUCUAGUCCGUCUACAGCCAGAAUAGACUGAGGUCUAUUUCCCUGGCACGGGGGCGCGGGGGGCAGGAGAGGGGGCAGCGGGGCCCAGGGAGGGUAAUCAUCUUCACAAGGUCAGGUCUGCUGACCUUAGUAAUCAGCUUGAGCCUCCUAAUCCAUCACAGCAGGAGCGUAGGACGCAUAGCAGUGGCCUGGGAGCCGGCAGGGGCCAUCUUGGCCUCCUUGGCAGACUCCGCCUGGGAGGGGAUGGGGCAGCCGAGCCAUGUGCACCACCCUCCUCCUGCUCAGCACCUUGGCUAUGCUCUGGCGCCGACGAUUUGCCAACCGGGUCCAACCAGAGCCCAGCGAAGUAGAUGGGGCCGUCCUGGGCGGCAGCCUGCAGACAGACACCCAGUCCCCUGGCAGGGAGAAGCCUGUGGAGUAAGCCCUCACCUCGUCAGGGGCAGCUCAGCCCUAGGAGUGGGAUCAGCUGGCCGAGCAGGAAUGAGAACACCGAGAGGCUAACGGACUUGCCCAGCAUCACCCAGCUGGCCCCUGCUAGGUGCGUCCCCAGCACAAUCCUGAAGAGUCUGCUCAGCUUGUGAGAUGGAGGAACAGCUGCCGGACUGCCAACUAGCAGUGCCUGCUGGGCCACCGUGCCCGAUGUGAGCAGCCAGCGGCUCGGGAUAUACCUCCCCUCCUUCACGUUCUUACUAAUAGAAUUAAAGACCCCGCUCCAGGUUAAGAAGUGAACAUAUGCCAAAGACUCCGCUGUCUAUUCCUGGGGGUUUCGGACACCAUGUCUUCAACCUGGCCAGUGAAGGGAACUCGGUGAGCUGUGCAUGUGACCACAGUGGGCCCUGACUAGGUUUCUCCUCUGCACCCAGAGAGGACUCCUGCCCUGUCACUAAACUGUGCGGCUCUUUCCAUGUCAAUACAUAUAGGCCUUUACUAAGUAGAGUAAUAGCUAGGUAGCAAUUCCACCAGAUGUAAGACUCCCAUGUCCAGACCCCGCCAGCAGCCGAGUGCAAUGAAAUCACAGCAACAUGAACACUUGGUCUCAACAGUUCUGAGCCCUUGCUUGCAUUCGGACGUAUUCUUUUUUAAAAAAUAUAUUUGUAUUGAUU